AUGGUGGCAAUAUUAAUUGCCUGCCAUGAAACUCUAUUUACUGAGGGUAGGGACUUAAAAUCAAAGAAAGAAGUUUCCCCACCGGUGGAAAAUACUCAAAAUCUUGGACUUGGCUCCUCAGCAGCAGUUUUGAAGGAUGAUUUUCGGCCGACAACACCGGGUAAUAGCCCCGGUGUUGUCCAUGCUUUCGCCGGACAUCAUGAUAUUGAUACUAAACCAAAAGCACUAGGAAAUGCUGCAGGUGUUGGCCAUUCUGUUGCCAGAAACACCGAUGAUUUCCGACCUACUAUGCCAGGUCACAGCCCCGGUGAAAUCUUGGAUUUGGCUCAAAAUCUUGAAUUUUGCUCCUCAGCAGCAGUUUUUAAGGACGAUUUUCGAUCAACUAGAUCAGGCAGUAGCCCCGGUGAAGGACAUGGUGAUAUUGAUACUAAGCCAAACGCACUAGGAAAUGCUCCAGGUGUCGACCAUUCUGUUGCCGGAAACACCGACGAUUUCCGACCAACUGUGCCAGGUCACAGCCCCGGUGUUGGCUAUUCUUUUCCAACCAAAAUUGGAGAAUAUAUAGUAUUGCUCGUACAAUCUAUCAUCUUUUUCUUUUCUUUUUUCCUUCCUUUUGUGUGA